UACCACAGACAGCUGAGGAUUUCCAGACGGGGGACCCCGGCUCGAUACGGCCUAUUAUUAGCGAAACGUUGGACUCUACGGUGUGUUUCAAUGGCGAAAACGUACGAUUAUUUAUUCAAACUGUUGCUCAUCGGAGACAGCGGAGUCGGCAAAACAUGUCUGCUGUUCAGAUUCAGCGAGGACUCCUUCAAUACCACCUUCAUAUCCACAAUAGGAAUAGACUUCAAAAUCAGAACAAUAGAGCUCGAUGGAAAGAGAGUCAAACUUCAAAUUUGGGACACUGCAGGGCAGGAGAGGUUUCGCACCAUUACCGCAGCUUACUACAGAGGAGCAAUGGGCAUUAUGUUGGUCUAUGACAUUAGCAAUGAGAAGUCUUUCGAAAACAUAAAAAACUGGAUUAGAAACAUUGAAGAGCAUGCCUUGUCGGAUGUGGAGAAGAUGGUACUGGGAAACAAAUGUGAUAUGAACGACAGGAGACAGGUGUCCAAAGACCGAGGGGAAAAGCUGGCUAUUGAUUAUGGAGUUAAGUUCUUGGAAACAAGUGCAAAGUCUAGCCUAAAUGUGGAAGAGGCUUUUUAUAACAUAGGAAGAGACAUAUUACAUAAUCUGAGAUCAAAGACAGCGGACAACAAUGCCGGAGGAUCAGGCAAAGCAGUCAAGAUCACAGACAAGAAGUCGAAGAGGAUAACAUUCUUCAAGUGCUCCCUCCUCUAGGCUGCUCAUCUCGAGUGUUCACGGCUCUGGCGUGGCUUUGCCGUCCAGCUUUCCGUGCGUCCUCCCAGCAGCGACAGCAGUGGUAAUAUUCAGAGUUCCUUACUGCCACCUGAAGCUCACAGGUUCACUAGUGGUUGGGAGGCCAUCCUGACCUGCUGCUGACCAGAAGAGGAUCAAUAAGGAAAGAGGCCUGACACUGUAUAUCCUCUCAUGCUAAAGACCUGUGCGUGAGCGUCAGAAUUGGUUUGUAGCUGACCCUGCAGAGUCUGCUCACAGGACACAGGGAUUCUGUUGGCAUUAAUAAUACCUCAGAUGGAUGUCCUGAAAAUAGGCUUUAUUUAAUAUGAUAAAGUUCCACAUAGUUGUCUUAUAAUACAUGGGGGGAUAAAAGGAAAAUGCAGAUUCUUUCAUAAACCGUAGCAUUGUUUUCUACACACUAUCUACUAUCAUAUUUACCGUGGUGAUGCUGUCAGAUGGACAUAUAACGUCUGAGCAUUGGUUGUACUUGUCCGUGUAUAUUCAUGUGUACUAAUAUGCCUCCAGUCUUCUUUUGCACUGGCACCAUUUCUAUUUGUUCAUGCGUGCCUCGAAGGAGUCACAGUAUUGUGAUAGGAAAGACAAAAAUAUGUAUAAAUAUGACUUAAUGUCUUUUUAAGGAAACCUUCAUUUAAACAGGUUUCUGUGUUAUAAUGAAACUGUGAAAGUUAGUUUGUUUCUUAGCAGCUGUACCUAACUACAUAUUGUUCUGCGAUUGUCAGUAUUUGCAUGAAAGCUAAAUGGUUAUACCUCCGAGUGGCACAUUUGACCUUAUCUGGAAAAAAAUAUGUUUACAGACAGUAUUUGAAAGUGUCGAUCAUAUUUAAAUGAAUGUUUUUGAUGUUCACAUUGUGUCAUGAUUUUGGCACAACUAACUGAUGUGUGUAUACUUUAAUUUCACCCUGAAAUGUAGAUAUGAAACGUGAAAACACAAUGAAUGAUGUGACUAAAAUGAAUGAUUAUCAGUUACUGUUGAUGUCAAACCAAUGAAAGACAGUAAAGAAACUGGAUCUUUAAAAGAGAA